CAGAAGUAUAUUCCUGCACUGGCGGCCGGCGAGAAGAUUGGAUGUUUUGGUUUAACGGAACCAAAUCAUGGUUCAAAUCCAGCUGGUAUGGAGACGAAAGCGAUCUGGGAUGAGAACUCGAAAGUGUAUAAAUUAUCUGGUACUAAAACAUGGAUAAGUAAUUCACCAGUUGCGGAUAUUGCAAUUGUAUGGGCCAGAAGUAAUCGACAUAACAACGAUAUUAAGGUCUGA